CUUCAUCCAACUUGGCAGGUGGAGGGAAGCAGGUACUCCGGCUUUCUGCAGUGUUGCGGAGAUCAAUACCAGAAAGCAGAUAGUACACCCCGCAGGAUGGUGAGAUGGUGCCACUGCAGGGUACAAAGCUAUCCUGGAUAGAUGAUUUCAUCCCACUGUAGCUGUGAUGAUCCGGUUCAUUUACCAGAGAUCAUCCAAUAGCUCGGACUUGGGUCCGGUAUAAAGAGCUAUGCCCUCCUCCAUUUUGGAGCUGUCUCUCCAGCCUGCUUCUCCUAGUCUUGUCUGCACUCAUAACAUUCAUCAUGCUGGGGGCUUCAAUUCUGUUGACCAUUGCCAUUGCGGCCGAGGCCGUCUUGGGUAAUCCCAUUCAAGUACGCACUUCAUAUGCUGUGAAAGAGAAGCAUUGGGUGCCGAAGCGAUGGACCAAGAUGGGUCGUGCGCCAUCUGAGAAGAUUAUCAAUCUGCAGAUAGGUGUCAAACAAAGCAACUUUGGAGAGUUGGAACGUCACUUGAACGAAGUCUCUGACCCCGACCACCUUCGCUAUGGCAAGCACCUCUCCCACGAGGAAGUCAACGACCUCAUCAAGCCAUCUGACGAGUCUUUGGAUCUCCUGCACGAGUGGCUAGAGGCCAAUGGCAUCAAAUACGCCUCAUACAGUCCCGCAAUGGACUGGGUCAACAUCCAAGUCAAUGUUUUGACUGCCGAGCGCCUCUUGGACACCGAAUACCAUGUCUACCAACAUGAUGAUGGAACUGAGAUUUACCGUGCACCAACAUGGUCUCUUCCAAAGCAUCUUCACGAGCAUGUUGAUGCCAUCCAGCCUACUACUUCCUUCAUGCGUGCUAUCAAGAAGCGUGAGGUGGCUGCGGAUGCUACGAUUCCCUGGCCAUACCCAGGUAUCCACGAAGCCAGAUCUCCUGCGUUGAGAAAGGUUUGCACUAUAAACGGAACGACGCCGGAUUGCUUUGCAACACUCUACAAGACCAAAGGAUAUGUCCAAAAAGCCGCAGGAAAGAACCAAAUUGGUUUCAACAAUUUCUUGGGUGAAAUUCCCAUCCGGCCAGAUACCAAGCUCUUCCUCCAAAAAUACAAGCCAGACGCCGUAUCUGGAGCAGCCAAGUUCAAAUUCGUCAGCAUCGACGGUGGGCCACAGCAAGAUACAGCUCUCACACCCGAACAAGCCACAGAAGGCAUCUCCGUCGAAGCCAACCUCGACGUCCAAACCAUCAUCGGCCUGACCUACCCCAUGCCCGUCACAGCCUACACAACCGGUGGCGAGCCCCCUCAAAUCCCAGACGAAGCAGCCGGCGACCCACCCGGAAACGAGCCCUACCUCACCUGGAUCAACUACGUCCUCGCUCAAAAGAAGCUCCCCCAAGUCAUCUCCACCAGCUACGGCGACGACGAGCAAACCGUCCCCCUCGACUACGCCAAGCGAGUCUGCAACGGCUUCGCACAACUCGGCGCCCGCGGAAUCUCCAUCCUCUUCUCCUCAGGCGACAGCGGAGCAGGCGACAUCGCCGGCAACAACGCCACAGCAUGCGUCUCCAAUGACGGGAAGAACACUUUCAAAUUCCUCGCCUCGUUCCCUCCAUCCUGCCCUUACGUCACAGCCGUAGGAGCAACCCAAGGGUUCGAGCCCGAGACGUCUGCUUCCCGCCCUGCAAACGGCUAUGGUCCAGAUGGAAAGCUCCACGGCUACUACGCUUCUGGUUCCGGCUUCUCGGAAUACUUCAAGCGCCCUUCGUACCAAGAUAAUGUUGUCCCUGCGUACGUGCGAGCCAUGAAAGGCGAGCACAAAGGUCUUUUCAACCCUGAAGGGCGCGGAUAUCCCGAUAUUGCGGCACAAGGAUUGUAUUUCCACAUCAUCUGGAACUCGACGGAUCGAAUCAUCUCUGGUACUAGUGCCUCGACGCCGUUGAUGUCGAGUAUUAUUGCGUUGGUUAACGAUGCGUUGAUUGCGAAGGGGGAGCCGACGCUGGGUUUCUUGAAUCCGUGGUUGUAUAAGAAGGGGUAUAAGGCGUUCACGGAUAUUACCGAAGGGUACAAUGGGGGAUGUAAUACGACGGGCUUCCCUACUACAAAGGGUUGGGACGCCGUGACGGGUUUUGGUACCCCUAUCUUUCCUGAACUGUUGAAGCAGGCUGGGUGUUCGUAGUGUUGUGGAUUGAAAAGAUAUCCGGUGGGGAUUUGGAAUGAUAUUUGUAGUUCAAUAUUCUGCUCACAACAGAAAACGAAUAAGAAUUACAUAUAUAAGCAUGUAAUCCAGCUUUUACUUAUGAGUUCUAAAGCUUCCAUUCGCGGAUGACUCCAUUAGAAAUAAGGUCGUUGGGCAUUCGAUUGGGAACGUGGUGGAUCUGCUUCUCGUGUGAAGACGACCGCGUCGCAGACCAAUUCAAGCCAACUAGUGAAAGUGGAGAAUCUGAAUCCAUAGCAAUCAAAUUUACACUAUCCUUUUGGCUGUUUGCUAUCCGUAAUAUAUUCCGACUGGUGACAGUUGUUGACUUUCACAACUUUCCGUCUC